CUAAUAGAAACACAAUAUAGAAAUUAAACCCUUUGCGUAUACAUCAAUACUCCGGCUAAAUCGGCAAAUAUAUCCAACAAAUUAAGCCUUUUAAACCAAUCAGUACGUUAUCAAUAUCAUCAAUGUCAGAUCGUAUUGAUGUCUUGGCUAUGAUGAUAUCAGAUGAGGAAUUUGCAGAGAAACUGCAGAUGCAACAUGUUCUCGGAGCCUCUUAUGAAAGUUCCCAAGGAUUCUGUGGAAUUUGCAAUAAGAAAAAGGGAGCAGAUCGAAUGUUCAAACUCCAAAUCUGCUCUCGUCAUUCUUUCUGUUCUCACUGCAUAGGUCUUUAUGCCCAAUCCAAGAUUCGCGACAACGUUUUCCCUAUAACUUGUCCAGGUUUGAGAUGUCGUGUCGUAAUUCAACCCGAAUCUUGUAGGUCUAUCAUUCCAGUAAAUACAUUUGCAAGGUGGGAAGAGGGCUCGGCCGAGUCAGCUAUUCCUAAUGGUGAAAAAUUCUAUUGUCCUUAUAAAAGAUGUUCAGGGCUGUUCAUUCAUGAUCGACAUGAAGAGAUCGUUCAGUGCAUUUGUCCUCUGUGCAAAAAACUGUUCUGUGCGAAGUGCCGAGUCCCUUGGCACACUGGGCGUGAUUGUGACAAGUUUCAAAAGGUAGAAAAAGACAGAGAAGAUGAGCUAAAACUUAAGCUGCUUGCUGAGAUCAAAAAAUGGAAGGAAUGCCCUAAGUGCAAAUCCAUUGUGGAGAAGGUUGAUGGCUGUAUACACAUGACUUGCAGGUGUAAAAUGGAAUUUUGCUACGUAUGUGGAGGAACGUGGAGCGAAAGGCAUUGGAGUUGCCAAGACUAGUUAUGAUAUACUAUCGGAUUGCCUCUUCAUACCAAUCGGAUGCUGAAUAUUUUGUUGUCAGAAUAAAAAUUAUGUUGUUUAGUUGGUUGUAUUAUGUCUUUAAUUUGGUGUCCAUGGUUUGUAUUAGGAGCAUUAUAUAUAGUACGAGUUGGUCCUUGCAUAACAUUUACUUGAUGUUGAUUAUAAUAUGCUCGAGUUGGAGACCAAACAGCUAUAUGAGACUUCUUUUUUCUUUUAUUUUUCUUUGUUGUCAAUGUAAUAUUUGGCCUCCAUGGCCUACAACUUUUUGGUUUCAUACGUACUCUCUGUUCACUUUA